AAAAGUGGUUGAACUGGUUGCCUGUCCCACUAAGCAGAGUGACGCCCAAUUGUACAAAUGGGGAAACUUGACAGUCAGACAUUUGGAGAAACUUAUUCUGAAUUACACCACACAAUGACCAAGAGCAGGAAUCUCAGACAUAUUGUGCUCUAGUUUACAAUGAGCAGGAGCCUCUAGCAGAGCAAACACCUCGACUACUUAAGUGCAGAAGACAAUUUCAGAAUGGAAUCUCAUGGAUCUCCACUGUACCAAAGCCAGUCACAAAUGAUCGGUGUGGAGAAGGCGUCCGUUAGCUGGCAAAAGCCCACUCAUUCCAGAAGCAGCAGCACAGCAUCCUCCCACCCCUCACGGCUGAACAUAAAAGACUGGGAAGUAAUGGAUUACUUUCCAGCUGAUAUGAAUCUCACUGGAGAGAGCAUGCAGGAUACAAAUCCUCCAGGAAUCUGUGAAGGCUACAUGAUGAAGAGGAGAAAGUGGCCUCUUAAAGGCUGGCACAAGAGAUACUUUGUCUUGGAUAAAGGGAUUUUACGAUAUUCAAAGAACCUAAAUUAUUUUUCCAAAGGGAAAAUGCACGGUUCACUGGAUGUCAGCCUUGCAGUUAUGUCAGUAAACCAAAAAGCAAGACGCAUAGAUCUGGAUGCUGGCGACAAGCUCUAUCACAUAAAAGCCAAGAGCCAGGAUUUGUAUUAUAUGUGGGUUACUAAGCUGAGUGCCCAUAGGAUGUAUAAGAAGAAUGAGGCUGCACAUCUUCACAAUGGCUUCCUCCAGGCCCUGUCUCAAGACAGUCAUUUAUCUCACAAAAACAGUGCCAUGCAGGACAUGAGCACGACAGUGUCUUACUUGGGUGAAACUCAGAGUGCAAAUUUGCCAUGUGUCAAUCCUGCCAUUAAUGGGAAAGUGUCAGCCUGGCUACAGCAAACCCAAGAGCCUGACAUCUGUGCCCAAGAACUUAACCGUUGUCAAAUGGAACUUAAUGAGCUGCACCGGCUGGUCCAAAGGCUGCACUCUUUAGAGCCAGGCCAAACAGUUAAUAAUGGGGACCUCCAGAGGAUUAUCAGUAUGCAGAAUCUUACUCUUGACAAGCCCAAGAAGAAGUCUGGCAAGAUUUACGGUCAUUCCCGCACACUCUCUCGAGUUGAGGCUCUAGGAAUGUUAUCAUCAAGCCACCUGAACAGCACUUCCCACCUGGGAACCUCUGUGCCCUCCAUCCCAGAUUACGUCAGUGCCCAGCUCAACCCACCAGCCUCCACCUCCUCAGAAUGCAAGAAGCUCCAGCAGGACAUCUGCUCCUUGUCCCAGAGAGUUCAUGCUUCCCUGCGUUCUGCUCAUGACGCUUUUGCUCAGGAGCGCCAGCGGCUGCAUGAUACCUGGUCCAGCAGGGAACUCCGCCAGAUCACCUCUGCCCAGAUCAACAACCUCUGCAGCCUGGCUGAGUUAGAUGUUGAGUCCCGACACACCAAAAUCCACAAACUGUCAGUCUCCUCCAUCUCUUCUGAAGAGUCCUACCAUACUGUGGUACAAAGAAAGUCUGUCUCACGCCAUAGUUCGCCUCUUCGUCCACCCUCGGUGGCUGAUUCAGCAGCUGAGUAUUUCGAUGCAUGUGAUGAGCUCAUGUGUGCGAGUUCUUCGGAGAUGUCUGACGAGUCCGGCCUAAGUGAUGGAUCCAUUAAUUCAGAACCUGAUGAGGCUCAUGCAUUGGCUUCAAGCAAGUACCGUGUCAGCCUUUCAAAGGCACCACCAAAACUGCCCACCAUUAAGAACACCGGCAGUCGUACUAGUCUGCCUGCAGUCUGCCCUGACAACAGCCAUGUUGGCUUAAUGACUAUCCUGUACAACAACAUAGGGAAAGACCUAUCUCGUGUCUCCAUGCCAGCAGCUCUGAAUGAACCUGUGUGCUUGCUGCAGAGACUCUGUGAGGAGCUGGAAUACUCUGACCUACUGGACACAGCCAACCAUACCGAUGACCCCUACCAGAGGAUGGUUUAUAUUGCUGCUUUUGCCAUAUCUGGCUAUGCCACGGCUCAAUAUCGCAAUCGUUACAAACCCUUUAAUCCAGUGCUGGGAGAGACAUUUGAGUGUAUCAGAGAAGACAAAGGCUUCCACUACAUUAGUGAGCAGGUGUCUCAUCAUCCACCCAUAUCUGCCUGCCAUGCAGAAUCAGACAAUUUCAACUUCUGGCAGGACCAGAGAUGGAAGAACAAGUUUUGGGGCAAGUCGUUGGAGAUCAUUCCAACAGGGAUGGUUAAUGUGACUCUUAAAAAGUAUGGUGACCACUAUGAAUGGAACAAAGUGGUAACAUGCAUCCACAAUGUCCUUAGUCAGCAGCGAUACCUCGAGCACUAUGGCGAGGUCAUUAUCCGCAACUUGAAAAGUUCGGUCUGCACCUGUAAGAUCGUAUUUGUUAAGUCUCGUUACUGGGGUUCAGAUGGCACCAAAAAUGAAGUUCAGGGUCAGGUUCUUGAUGAGACUGGUAAUGUUAUCCACCGAUUUGGUGGAUUUUGGCAUGAAGGAAUCUUCUGUGACACCCUGCCCAAUCCACAAUGCAUUUGGAAGCCAAAUUCACAGCCCAAGAACUACCUGCUUUACUAUGGCUUCUCUAGCUUUGCUAUGGAGAUGAAUGAACUGACCUCUGACCUUAAGCCACUGCUGCCCCCAACAGAUACCCGCUUCCGCCCUGACCAAAGGUUACUUGAGGAAGGGAAAAUAGAGGAGUCUGAUAAAAAGAAGGAUGAAGUGGAAAAAAAUCAAAGAGAAAGAAGAAAACUUCUGGCCAAGAGAGGAGAGGAACACAUCCCUCGCUUCUUUAGGAAAACCUUGGAUGGUGCUGGAAGGGAAGUAUGGCUGUACAAUGGAAGGUAUUGGAAGAUCAGGGAGAAUCCUGGAUUUUCCAAUGUUAAAAACCUGGAAUUGUGGUGAAGGCAGAUUGCAGCAACACUGUGGACAUUAAGUACCUGUGGUAAAUUGUACAUGCACACUUGUUUUUUAAAAGACUACAUAAACUUGACAUGUUGAGAGCAAAGAUGGAUUGCCCAGUUUUCAUACCAAAUUGAAUCCACUGAGCAAGGAUGGUGCUUUUACCCUAAAGCAAUUGGCAAUAUAAAUUUUGAACAUUUCUAUGUAUUUCAUGGUUGAGGACACAGAAACUUGUAUACAAUCUGACCUCGUCUUCCACUUUGGAUUAAAAAUAAGCCAAAAGGUAAAUGGGAGAUGUAUGUGAGUUCUGGACAUAUGUUUAGUUAACCAAUCUUGAAUGUUAUUACACAUACACAUAUCUAUGGACUAUUUUAAAUUACUUAUCAGCACCUUUAGUACUUAUCUGCCAGCAGAUAGAAGCAUAAUAGUUCCCUCAAUGGCGACUGGAUAAAAAAAGGUAAAUGUGAAUUAUUGUACCUAAAUGUAAUAUUCAGAGUUGUUGUUAAUGGAUUUAAACUUGUGAUUUACUUUAGUUGAAGUCUCCAGUUUAUAAACAGACAAUUAUUUCCUCUGCAAAUCCAUGGCUUAACCUGAGAAGGAUUUAGCAGUAAAUGGAUUAAUUCUAUUUAUGUCUCAUGUCUUUUAUUUUGAAAAGUCUAGUUCCUGGUUCUUGUCAUGUGAUUUCAUGUUUCCCUCCAAGUUCAUGUGUCUUGUGUUCAUUGUUUGAUUACUUUGUUAUUAGAUUAGUAGUUAUUAGUAGGGCCUGCAUUGACUAAUACUAAAUAUGACUGCUCAAAUGCAUCCUCAUCACUCUCACAUGGCAGGUCUUUAAAAAAAAAAAAGACGAUAAAUGGCAUAGUUUUUGUUUAGGCCAUUAAAUAAUAUUUAUGACACUUAAGUAUGAAUUACACUGACUUUUUAAACUCUAAGUAUGAACUGUGAAAUCAGAAAUUACACUUUUAUGUAGACCUGGCAUACAAAUUUACAACAUUCAAUGUACAAAUGUGCAAUCAAUAAACUUUCAGUCAAAGGUCAUGACUUGCAUAUAUAUUUAAAACAGCAAUUGAAUGUGCACUCAGUAACUUCUUUUCUUUGUGUCAUCUUGGUGAAUUGAUGACACACUGACACCUGGAUGCAGCUUCAUUUAAAAUUAAGAGUUUUCAAUUUCAAAUGCCAUUGCAGAAAUGUAGUAGCCUAUACAGUCUAUUAAUUACAUUAAUCAAAGAGUGAAAGUGUCAAAUAACAGGACAGUUACUG